AGGUAAGAGCAGAUUUGGAUGUUUUUUUGGUUCACCUGGAACUGACUUCUCUUAUCGUCUCUCUUAACAGAAAAAUAUUAGAGAAACUGAAGAGAAUGUUGCUGCAUGAGGUCCAGUAUAUACCAAUAUGUGUGUGCUGGAGGCAUACCUGCUGCUGUGUGUCUGCAGCUCCACCCAUCUGCAGCAGCUCAGGAGCCACAGCUGCAGUUGAGUCUUCACUCAGCGAGGAGCAACAGUGAGAGAUUCAAACUGGUCUAGAAAGUUUCAAUCAUGGCUGCAGAAAACAAGCCCAGCUGAAACAAAACCUAUCCAAAACCAGCAAAGCUGCAGAAGAGUAACAAGGAGCGCCUUAAUCACUGUCUCAGUCCAAUCAUUUCAUACGAUAGAUAAAGCACAGAUCAGCCAGCUUGUGUAAACGGCUGACACUAACUUGACACUAACUUAACUUGUGCAAACAGAACAAGGCCGCUGGGAGUUUCAUGAAGAACUGUGUGAAGCGUUGAUCAUGUUCAACCGCUAGACACAAAGUCAGAGCAGUGGAAAGUCGAGGACGCAGCAGUCACCAUGAUUGAUCUGAGUUUUCUGACGGAGGAGGAGCAGGAGACCAUCCUGGCUGUGCUGAGAAGAGAUGCUGAGCUGAAGAAGGCUGAGGAGCAGCGUGUCGAGAACCUACAGAAGACUGCGAGUGACAGGGGCCAGCUGAGGUACAUGACUGGUGAAUGGUUCUACGAGACCAAGCAGCUUCGCCAUCAGGACCGCAUCCACGGCUCCGACAUCAUCAGGGCCUCCAUGAGACACACACAUAAACCACUGACUAUACUGGAGCUCUCCCAGAUACUGCCCGAGAAGCCCAGUUUUGUCAGCAGUGAGAAUAAAGAAGUGUUCGUCCCCGCAGUUCUGUGCGGAGUCCUUCAGGAGCCUCACAUGCAGCUCAGCAAUGAAAGUUAUCAAUACCAGAACCCUUUUGAAACACCACAAGAUACAUCUAAACCAGUUUCACCAACAAAGCAAAGAAAAAAUCCAUUCAACAGCGAGGACCCUGCAAGUCACCCUUUGGAAGGGGAGUACAGUCGGUUAUUACAUGGAGCAGGGGAUCAACCCCGGACACCAAAUGAGGGGCCUUUACCAUCACCUGACAGCUGCCUUUCUUUUGCUAGCAACCUUAAACAAGACCCUAAUGAUAGCCCAGUCAGCCAGAAUGCAUCUGUUCCCCUGCCACUGCCUGAAAACAGAGCAGUCAGCCCCUGUUCUCAGGACUCUUUUACUGAGGUAGACGUGUCAGGAGGUAGACAGGCUCACUAUGCUGCUCCGCGUGGCAUCCUCAAGCACUUGUCUAAUUCUAGCUCCUCCGACUCCCUGUUCUCUCACUUGGAUACGCAGAGUCCAGUUAGCCUGCAUUCUCCCACUGAGACCUGGCUAGACAGGAAGCAGGUGAGGUUCAGCUCAAUGGUCAGUCUGAGCACAGUGGAGUGGCAGGAUGGGAAGGAGCUGGGAGAGCACAGUUUGUUGGACUUCGACGCCAUCGCUCUCUCUGAGAUAGAAAAUAAUAGUGACCUUGAGAAUACCGCCACUGCCACUGUUAGCACAAAUAGGCCUUUACUCAGUCCACUGGAUUCUCACGAACUCAACUGCAAAAAUGAGCACCUCCAAGAACAACAAGUUGGUCAACACCAGGUCCUCGGUGAUGUAUCUGAGCAUUGUCAUUUGGGGUUCCUAAGCCCCUCAGUGUCUGGACUCGUUUCUGCUGAACAGGAGUCAGGUAAGCAUGUUAACCUGGAGACAGUGCCUGAAGAGGACUGUUACUCUCAGGCUAAGGCCACAGACUGGCAAACUGGACACAAUAUUCACCAAAAGCUGCCUGAACAAAGCACUCAGCAGGACAACUCUGUUGAGGUUACUUUAGAUACCAAGCUGUCAACUAAUUGCAGUUCAAAGGGUUCAUCUCAUGCUGUUUCACCAAAGCCAAGACAAAGGCUGCUUGGAAUUUUUAGAAGAGAAAAAGAUAAAACUACCGAGGUACAGAGUCCAGAGAAAGAAGAGGUGAAUAUAUCUAAGCAGAAAGAAUCUGGCAACACCCAGAAUCUCUCCCAAGGUGCUGCAGAUACCAUCGUGGACAAACCUGCAAGUGUCACUCCAGAAGCUAAAUCCUCUGAGAUGACAGCGGUCAGAACAGUACAACUUGCAGCACUGCAAAACACUCCAUUUGAAGAAACAGAAACCUCAGUAGAUGCAGACAGUCAGCAAGAGACAACAGAAGGCAGGGUUGUUCAGCUUCCAGAAAAGCUAUCCGAUCUGAAAGCUUUCUGGAAGAGAGAAAACAGUGGUCCCAAAAUAAUAUUUACCAGAGAAGAGGCAAGGCCCAAAGACAUCACCAAGACAGAAAUAGAAGCUUUGCAUAGCCCUCAGACUAACUCAGAUGUGGAAAGCAUAAACAACAAUCUUUCGUCUCAAAUGGAACUGACAGUUGAGGAUACUGCUGGAAUAGUCCAAGAAAAGAGUUUGUCACCACUGACUGACAGUAGUCUGUUAGUAGAUUUAUCUAAAGAAGAUGGCACAUAUAGAGCAAAUCCAGUCCUCAUCUAUGAAGAGACAGAUGACGUAACUGGUUCAGUAACAGAGUCACAGAUUUCUGAGCCAAAGGAAAUUACUCCUGUACCUUUCUCUGUAGCCUUCAACACCCCAGAGCAAGAGGGGGAUAUUAUAGUUCCCCUUCCCAGGAAAUCUUGUUCCAGUCUUGAAGAAGACAAGCCAGCCGAGAUCAGUCAGCUUAAGAAUCUCUGGGAGAAGGAGUAUAAAACACCCAGGGUAAUCGCUGAAAGAGUCAAGGAAGGCUCAAGCAGUUCAGUACUCAGUAACAAAGUGGUUUCCGCUGAGUCCGAUCUGAGAACAUCCUUGGAUGGCAGCGGGAAGUCUGAAGCAGAAGUAGAAACGUCUCCAUACAAAACCAAGUCGAAUGUUGUCUCAAAAUCAUUAAUUGUGACAGACAAGGGUUUUGUCAGCCCAGACAGGUUACAGCUGAGGAGUUCUGGUAGUAAUGGGGAUGUACACUCAACAUGUCACCUAUACCAAGUCAAGGCUGAUACAGAAGCUCAAGAAAGGCCCCUCAGUCCUAGUAAAUCCCCAACUCCAAGAUCAAAAGACCUGGAUGAUGAAGUCAGGAGGAGUCCAUCCAAGACCUGCCACCCAAGGGUCCUAGAAUCCUCCAGUCCUUCAAGAUCCAGGCUGGAAGGCUCUCCCUUGAAAACCUUUCCAAUAAAUAUUGACCCCCAAACUAAGGUUGCUGAUGUGCAUCAAGGGAAGCCGACACCAGUGCCAAGACAGAGGAAGAGUCCCUCUAAUGAAGUAAAGCCGGCUGUGCUGACAGACACUAAACCUUGCACAGACAUCACCUCUUGUCCAGAAGACAGUGGGACUUCUUCUGGUAAUGUGAAUACGCAACAAAGUAGUUCAAGCUCCUCUACUUCAAAAUCCAAAAAAGCCUCAGAGAAGUUAGGGACCUUUACACGUCUUGCCAGAUCUUUCAUCCCUCAGGAUUAUCAGCACUACAUUGGGCCACAGGAGAAGGCCCAUGUUCCUUCUUUUCACCAAGAGAAAGCUGCUUCUGCUGCUGCUGCUGCAGACAGUGAUGUGGUACACAGACCACAAAAUGCCCUCAGAGACUUUGUGGGAAACCAGAGUGACAGUCCAAGUGAGGGGACUCCUCCUAGGAUCAAUUCUUGGAUUGUGCAAAAUAAAGAUGGAAACUGCAGCCAAGACACAACGACAAGGGCAUGGUCUCUGUCUCGGGCAAGUUCAAGCAGUUAUAAUGAGAUUUCUAGUCCUGUAAUGUCAGCUCUGAAACGACUGUCCUCGAAGAGCAGGUCCUCAUCCAAAAGUCUGGAAAACCUCAACUCACAAACAAGAGAAGAGACGACCCAAAAUACCUCAAGAGAACAAAUGAAUCAAAGUGUGGAUGAUGUCUCUGCUAAACCAUCAGCCUUCCCUCUCUCCAACUCAAAGCAGAUAAAAACAAGUGUGUCUGUGCCUGUUCUUCAGCAGGACGAGACGGACAGUGACAACACUUUUGAGACCAACCUAGGCUGGAGAAGAAACACGGGCAGCUCCACGUCUAACCUAAGUCUCUCCUCGGGAAUGGCCUCCAUGUCAUCUGAGCCUCAGUAGCGUGUGGAAGAAUCACAGCCACAACAGCCUGGCACCUCCUCCUCAUGCUGGUCACCAGCCUGGUCACACACUGCUGUGGGAUGGCAUCCCAUUCUUCAACCAGUAUCUGUCGCAAGUCAGCCAACGUGGUUGUGUUGGUCACUCUGGCACGAACAGCACGCCCAAGCUGAUCCCACAAGUGUUCAAUGGGGUUGAGGUCAGGACUGCUGGCAGGCCAUUCCAUCCUCUCCACUCCUACAUUCUGGAGGUAGUCUCUGAUAAACCCCGCCCUGUGGGGGAGAGCGCUGUCAUCUUGGAGGAUAGAGUUCAGUCCCAGACUGUGGAGAUAUGGGAUUGCCACUGGUUGCAGAAUCUCAUCUCUAUAUCUCUCUGCAUUGAGAUUGCCUCCAAUGAUGACAAGCCUUGUUUUUCCAGUGAGGGAGAUGCCGCCCCACACCAUCACACUGCCUCCACCCAAAGCGUUCUCCGCGUCUUCUCCACACUUUGACCCUACGACCCUUCUGCCGUAGGCAGAAUCUGGACUCAUCACUGAACACAACGUUCCUCCACAUGUUCAGGUUCCAGUGCAUGUGUUGCAGACACCAGCGCAGACGGGCCUGACGGUGAAGGGCAGUCAUGGCAGGACUCCUGGCAGCCCUAUGAGACCGGACAUUGGCUGCGUGUAGUCUGUUCCGGAUUGUCUGGGCAGAGAGCCGUCGGCCAUAUCGUCCUGCAAACUUGACUGCAAAUCUGUAGAAGACAGCCUACGGCACCUAAGUGCUGACAGGGUGAGGAAAUGGUCUUCUUGGGGUGUCGUCUUCUUGGGACGCCCAUUUCGCGGCCUGUCUUUGACAUCCCCCGUUUUAUGGAACUUGGCCUUCAGUUUGGAGAUGGUACUGGGGCUCACUCCAAAUAAUGCCGCAACUUGGUUUUGUGGAACACCAGCUUAAAGUUGCCCUAUUGCCCCAUUAGCUGCCCAAUCAGGUGCCAAUCAGGCACCUGGUUGGCAGCACCUGGGGGUACCAGAAGCUCAAAACAAGUGUCAAUAGCAACAGCAAAAUAACCUGUUUGGCAAUGGCAGAAAAGAUUUGGCAAAUUUUUCAUGGGCGCAACCCACAUACUCAUCAUCCCACAAAUGCAUGUUCCUUACAAAUGGGGCACCAUUUUGUCAUUUUGGGAAUUAAACAGGCUUUCCGACGGUAUAAGAUUUAUUGCCAAAAAGCAUUGUUACCACAGAGAAAUAAGAUACCAAACACAAAUUGCCUUACUUUUUGUGCUAAGUUUAUAAAGUGAAUAUAAUUGGUCUUAGCACAAAACCUUAUGGAACUCCAUGCUAACUUUAGUGUGCAUGGAAGAUUCAUUAUUAACAUUUACAAAUUGAGAUUUAUCUGAGAAAUAGGACUUGAAUUACUAGGUUUGAAUUAAAAAAAAAAAGACCUGCCAUAAAAUGUACUUAAAGACCCCUUCCACUAUUUUUUUCUUCUUUGUCCUACAGCUGACUGUUUAAGCUUUACUGUACAGAGGGGUGAAGCCAGACAUAGUAAACGUUUGGGGUUUAGUCCAAAUCUAGGGGGGUCCGGGGCAUGCUCCCCUAGGUCCCCCAUUUACAGCAGCUAUAUGCACUGUUUUCAAGCCAGCUGAGAUAUAGAAUGGCUAAAAAUCUUUGCAUCAUUUGAGAAAAGCAUGAUAGUUGUCUGGAAAAAAAUCAUCCUGUAAAGCCUACUACCUAUUUUUUUUUUCUAAUUGAUCUCCAACUGUCUUCAUAAUUUUUAAGGCAGAACACAAGCAUCAUUGAGGUUGACUCCUCAUGAAAACCUUUAUGUCCAUAGCUAGCUAAUGUGUUCACUGAGGUGACACGACACGACGAAUGAAACACAGCACACGCAUGACCACAGCCCCCCAUGACGAUGUUAGGGCAGACCUAUAGAUGGCGAUGACAGAACUUUAGCUCAAUUGAUUUGUCGGUCCAGUCAAAGGGACUGAGGCGAAAGAUUUGGGGCUAGUUAGAAAACAGCCUCUGUCACUGCUGUUUGAAUGAUGUGUGUGCAAAGUUUGACACUAGAAGGAUGUUUUCACAUUCAUCUGCUGAAAGUGGAAAGUUUCUCUGUGCUCAUUGAAAAUUCAGAUUUUAAGGGGCGGGGCCUACCAGCAUGAUUUGUGACAUCACAAAUAGUUAGGAAGUCCAUCCUGGUCCAGUAUCAACUUGUACAGUGUGAUGUAGAAACUUGAAGCCACCAGUGCACAUCCACUGAGAAUGAACUUUACAGUGAAGUAGGAGACAUCUUGUGUCCAGCAGGAAAACUUUAGAAAUCAACAUUUGCAUAUUCAGAGAUUCUGGAAGUUUAAAUGAGGUAGGAGGAGUAGAUUACUUUUUAAGGAUUCUAAUGUUAAAAUUACACUUUCUUUCCUAGAAAAAAACAUACCAGACACACAUUACUGUUCCAAACUGACAUUUGUAUUGUGUCUUAAUACAUGUUUGGAGGUGAUCUUUAUAUAAAAAAGACAAUGAUGUUUUUUUUUUACAAAUGAAUGUAGUCAUUUUCCCUUUACACGAACAAUGAGUUAACAACAGAGCGAAUGGUGUUUUCUCUUAUCUGUGUUACUAUGAAU